UUUGUGUGUUUAUUGCUUCUGUCAUGUCAAAGUGAUCGUAAAUCGAAAUCUAACCAAAAUUCUCAUUUGAAUUUUAUUUUAAACAGCAAUAGAUUACAUUAAUUAAAUAAUCUUUAAAAUCGUAAGAACUUAUGUAAGUAAAUCAGUGAUAUGUUACCAUUUUCUGUGCUCUUAUCGUCUUAGCACAGACGAGAGAUUCAUGUAAAACUACUGUCGAAUAAUCAAAACAAAUACUAAGGUAUAAUGACUGACUAUCACAUAAGGGAAGCGGCGGAGUCCCUGCUGGGCAGUGUGACGUCACCGCAGUAUCCUUACAGAAAUUAUACUAAUUCCCACUCGGUGAACAUAGUGACAGAAGACCUAGUGGCAGGACAUAGACCUCAAGGGCGUAUGUCCACGGUGCGCCGGUUCUUCUGUCUGUUCGUCACGUUCGACCUGCUGUUCACCAGCCUCAUGUGGCUCAUCUGUGUCAUGUUACGCGGAGAGACGCUAGAACAGAUAUUCAACAGAGAGAUCCUGCACUACGACAUAAAGAUAUCUCUGUUCGACAUCGUGCUACUAGCUGUUAUACGUUUCUCAGUGCUACUGUUGUUCUACGCACUGCUGUAUAUAAAUAAUUGGAGCGUUAUAGCUCUAUCUACAGGGGGAACAUGUGCCUUUUUAAUAGCAAAAGUGUUUUUUUUCGACUGGCCAGACGCAGCGCAGCCGGUCUACCAAGUGUUCCUGAUCCUGGCCUCGUUCACUCUGUCGUGGGGCGAGGCGUGGUUCCUCGACUUCAGGGUGCUGCCUCAGGAGUGUCGCGCGCAGGACAUCAUCGACUCUAUCAUGCAGACAGUCUCCCAGGUGUUGCUGAUCCUGGCCUCGUUCACUCUGUCGUGGGGCGAGGCGUGGUUCCUCGACUUCAGGGUGCUGCCUCAGGAGUUUCGCGCGCAGGACAUCAUCGACUCUAUCAUGCAGACAGUCUACCAAGUGUUCCUGAUCCUCGCGUCGUUCACUCUGUCGUGGGGCGAGGCGUGGUUCCUCGACUUCAGGACAGUCUCCCAGGUGUUCCUGAUCCUGGCGUCGUUCACUCUGUCGUGGGGCGAGGCGUGGUUCCUCGACUUCAGGGUGCUGCCUCAGGAGUGCCGCGCGCAGGACAUCAUCGACUCUAUCAGCCCCCAGGUGUGGCUGAUCCUGGCCUCGUUCACGCUGUCGUGGGGCGAGGCGUGGUUCCUCGACUUCAGGGUGCUGCCUCAGGAGUGUCGCGCGCAGGACAUCAUCGACUCUAUCAGUAAGACAUACAGCUCAUAUAUUAUCUACAUUCUAAUGUUAUAA